AUGUCAUCCGCCACACAAUUAGGGAUAUCGGAGAGGGAGUAUGAAGAAGCCCUCGCGGUGGAAAAGCUUUUUUUCCUGUCGUCCAAAGAAAGAUGCACUUACUGCAGUGCCGGGAAGCCAACCUUCGUGGAUACAUACAAUUACGAAUUUGUAUGCGACAGAUGCUCAUUCAGAAGUAAACACAAAAAAAGAAUCGGUGAAGACUCCAUCAGUUACUAUGAUGUACAGAAACUAGAAAAAAAAUUUGGAGUAGCAUCUUCCUCAUAUCACAAUAGCAGCAAUAAGCAUCGCCGAAAAUCUGGCAGCGGUCAUCAUCACCACCAUCAUCAUCAUCACAAUAAUGAAAAGAAGUCCAAGUCAAAAAGUAGACACUCAUCAGGGAAGAAGCACAUUGAAGUGCUGUCAGAUGAUAAUAGCUCUUCAUACGAUUAUGAUGAUAAAAUAAGAAAAGAAAAAAAAAAAAAAAAAGAUAAAGAAAAGGACAGAAGCGGGGGUGAUCGAGAUAGAGAUAGAAGAAAAGACAAACAUAACAAAGAUAAAUAUAAGAAGAAAAAGAAAUAUGAUGAAUCUUAUGAUGACUUUGAUGAUGAAUUUUGUCUUAAUGAUUAUGAUCAUACCACUCCUGGCAUGAUAGGAAUUAUGAAUUCGAAUAAUAUGAACAGUUCAGAUUAUAAAAACAACAAUAUGGACAAUGGCUUCCAAGACUUUGAUGGGACUCUCAUGCCUUAUAAUCAAAUAGGGGAUGGUAAUUUUAACGACCUUGGUGCUCCGAACGGAAUGAACCAAGGCGGUGUGGGUCAUGGGAACCAUCCCUUUGACUCUCCUCACUUUGCGAAGGACCACUACAAUUCGAAAUACAUAAAUUCGCCGAACACCGACAUGGUGAAUGCUGCAAACAACCCGUUAUGUUUGGACGAUUAUAACCCUCAUCAUUAUAAUAACAAAAUGGGUUACUCUAACAAUUAUAAUAUGAAGAUGAGCGAGGAGGGGGAGUUAGGCAAAAUGAAGUACGGCGCCGGUGGACAGGGGAACAGCCGUACAGGUGGCAACCACCCAGGUAACAACACAAGAAAUAGCAGUAAUAAGAUGAACAUGCACCUUUAUGACCCCUUCGACACUAACAUCAACAACACCGGCGUGGACAAAAGCAGAUACAGUAAUGGGGCCGUGGAUAAUGUAAACUAUUUUAAAGGUUCAAAUUUCCCGAACAACCAACAGGGAAAUAUGAACAACAGACUCUUCUUGAUGAAUAAGAGAAAUUCUUUAAACCACAAUUACAAUCAACAGAAUAGCAACGCCAAUUCCAUGUACAGUCAUUUUGCAAACACACAAAAUCCAUACAUGAUGAAUAACCAAAAUAUGAUUAAUGCUAAGAUGCUUUACGAUAAUAAUAUGAAUAGUUCUAAGAAUAAAAACUUUCACAAUAGUAACCCUAACUCUCCAUUUAUGUUAAAUGGUGGUACAAUUAGCAAUGCAAAUAAUGCCAACGGCGCCAAGGGUGCUCACACGAACAACAUGAACAAUGCAAUGGGGUACUGCAACCAGGGCAAUUUAAAUGAUAGAACAAAGUGGCAUGACAAUGGAAGCAGCAAUAACGCCAUUAACGGUGCCAUUAACAGCGCCAGCGGUGGUGGUAACCAUAGCAGCAAUAAUACUGGUGGUUCGCACAACGAUGAUUUUUCCGCUGUCAUUGUAUCAGAUAAAAAUCCAUUUUCUCUUCAGAAUAUUAUUUCGAACAAUAAAAACUCCCCCAAUUAUAUGAACACCAUGACGGAACAGAUGAAUCCCUACAUGUAUAAGUAG